UACUCUACAUCUCUCUCUCUCUUCUUCUGAGGAAAACCUUGAAGAGGCCUGAUAAUGGAGAUCGGUGAACAGUAUGGCCAACCAGAGCUCCAGCAAUUCCUGGCCGUCAGAUCCCGUUUUCCAGCCAUCCAAAACCCACCUGAAAUCCUCGGGAGCCAUGGAUUUCAGUACCAAGCCUUGCUGUCAUCAAGUUUCUCCAAUGAGAGGGAGCACCAAAAACUGAUAAACCCUUCUGAGUUUUAUGGGUUAUUAGGUGAUCAGCUCAGCGACGUCCACAACCAAUCUGUGGUCCUGAAGGCCCAGCAAAUGAUCACUGGUACUACAAAUAACAACAACAGUAAUACUAAUGUUUUCUCAGAGUCUCCAAGCUCUAUGUGUGGACCCUCAUCCCCCAGCUCCAUUGCUAAGAAUCAUGGAGGAGGUGGAGGUGGUGGUUUUGGUGGUGGAGUGAUAAUGGGGGGAGGAGGGGAGGAGGGAGAAGAAGGGGGCGGUGGUUGUGGGAGGUGGCCGAGGCAAGAGACUCUGAGGCUUUUGGAGGUGAGAUCUCAGAUGGAUGUUAAGUUUAGAGAAGCAACACACAAAGGACCACUUUGGGACGAGGUAGCAAGGAUUUUGGCAGAAGAGCAUGGGUACCAAAGAACAGGCAAAAAAUGCAGAGAGAAGUUUGAGAAUCUCUACAAAUACUACAAGAAAACAAAGGAAGGCAAAGCAGGAAGACAAGAUGGCAAACACUAUCGCUUCUUCACUCAGCUCGAUGCUCUUUGCGGUGAAAUUCCGGCCAGAAAUGGAGAAAUUGCACCGAAAAGUUUAGAAAUUCCAGCCAAAAUUGCACCACCCACCAUUAACAGAAAGCAAGGAGAGAGCCCAAGCUCCUCUGAUAACUGGGACUGGGAGGAGAGAGAAGAGGAGGAGGGAAGAGAGAGAGAGGAGAUGGGUGGUGGGCUAAGCAGCAGCAGUGGGGGUAGUGAGAUGAAGAGGAAGAGAGAGAAAGUGAGGAGAAAGAGAGGUUGGAGGUGGAAGAGAGUGAAGGUUUAUGUAGAGAUGCAGAUGAAGAGAUUGGCAGAGAGACAGGAGGCUUGGGUUGAAGAGGUGGUGAGAGUUCUUGAGAAAAAGGAGAGAGAGAGAAUGUGGAGAGAGGAAGAGUGGAGGAGGCAGGAGAGAGAGAGGUUAGAGAGAGAGUGUGAGGUGUGGGCUAGAGAGAGAGAGUGCAUGGAAGCUAGAGAUAAGGCUCUAAUGGAGGCUCUUCAAAGGAUAGCCAGCAUACAUGAACCUUGCCAUGUAGAGAUUCAAAAGUAGCUAUGUUAUUGUAUAUGCUAAAUGAGUAUAUUUCCUUUCUUUCUUUCUUUUUUGUUCCUUUUUUUCUUCUUCUUUUUGGGUUUAUUAAUAGAAGGAAGGAUUAGCACUUACCUAGUUUCUAUUUUCAUCUCAAUCCUUACUCUUGGCUAUCUUUUUUUUUUCUUUUUUUUUUUUUUGGUCAAGAGUUUCUUUUGAGAAAGUUUGUUGUAAUAGUAGGAAAUUUCGCUGGAAUUUGGCCAAUUUUGUUGUAAUUUGUUUGCACUUUAUAGCAUAUGAUGCUCCAGUGGGAUUACAUUGUACACUUACUCCUUGGGGCAAGAUUAAGAUUGUCACUUGGGAGAGUUU